AUGGAUUCUGAAAAUAAUCCCUCUCCUAAUGUGUCUAAAGGUAACACAGACAAACGAGCUCCAAGUUCUGACUCAAAUAAAAAUGAAUCUGGUUUUGUUGGUUUGACAAAUACAGAGAACACAGUUCUUCUUGCCACUGCUUUAAUUGUGGUAAAAUCAAGCGAAGGUAAGACCCUAGUUUGUAGGGGAGUUUUAGAUUCUGCUGCUCAGUCUACCUUCAUUACUCAAAGAUGUGCUCAGUCUUUAAGGAUUAAGCGCUCUCAUGCUAAUAAAACGCUUAUUAAUGGCAUCUCGUCUGCUCAGGUGAAAACAAAAGGGUUAACUCAUGUCACUCUCCAGUCCCUUAGUGGAUAUGUAUUGGCAAGCUCUCACCCUGUCUUCAUUUUGGAUAAUAUCACUCCAGAUUUACCUCGAGCUAAGAUCACUCCUGAAGUUCGCUCACAGAUGCAACAUUUAAUGUUAGCCGAUCCUACUUUUGAUAAACCCGCUCCUAUUGAUGUUCUAAUUGGAGCUGACCUUUUUGCCUCCUCUGUGAAAGGCCAGUUUUUGUCACUUGGUGAGAAUAUGCCUGUAGCAAUUGACACCAUUUUUGGAUAUGCGCUCUUAGGAUCGACCCCUGUUGCCUCAACUUGCAAAAAUUCAUUUCAUGGAUUAGUCACACUCUUAACCACCAAUAGUUUGGAUCUUCACACCUCUAUCCAACAGUUUUGGGCUGUAGAGGAACCCCCUCUUACAAGCAAGCAAUCCUUAGCCGAAGAAAAAUGUGAAAAACAUUUUGUAUCUACGCACUCUCGCACUCCUGAAGGAAGAUAUAUUGUCUCUUUGCCUUUCUCAGACGAUCCGUCAACAUUAGGCAACUCGAGCAAAAUGGCAAAAUCCCUAUUCUGGUCUCUGGAGAAUAAAUUUCGUUCUAAUCCUGAUUUCAAGGAAACUUAUGUUGAUUUUAUGAGAGAUUACCUGUCUUCGGGACAUAUGACACUCUGUCAGUCACCACGUCUUAAAAAUAAUCCUCAUUACUACCUUCCACAUCAUGGAAUUUUUAAAGAUGGAAAAUUAAGGGUAGUAUUCAACGCAUCAGCACCUACAUCAACAUCUCUGUCUCUCAACAGUAUUCUUCAUCAAGGACCAAAACUCCACAACAACAUAUGUGACAUCAUUCUCAACUUUCGCCGACAUGCGGUUGUUUUUUCAUGCGACAUCAAGCAGAUGUUUCGACAAGUCCUUGUAAAGGAAUCUGAUCAGAUAUUUCAACUUAUUUUCUGGAGAGAGAAUGAUAAAAUGCCUCUUCAAAUCUAUCAGCUAGCGACUGUCACUUAUGGGCUCACAUCAUCGCCCUACUUGGCAAAUCGUGUCAUUCAACAACUCAUUAUUGAUGAAGGAAAAAAUCAUCCUCUAGCCGCAACUGCUCUAAAGGAUCAGAUUUAUGUCGAUGACGCCCUAUUGGGUAGUAAUUGCGUAGAAAACGCUCUUUUGUUGAAAAAUGAUGUGGUUCAGUUACUCAAAAAAGGAGGUUUCGAGUUAAGAAAAUGGUCUUCGAAUAAUCCAUUACUCUUACAGUCGAUCCCUGAAGAUCACAAAGAAAAACCUAUUGGUUUUCGAGCUCCCGAACAACCAGUUCAUAGUGUUUUAGGACUUAAAUGGAUUCCUAAUGAAGAUGUUUUUUCUUAUUCUGUAGGAACUCAAAAUAUUAAGGAAACUCCUACAAAAAGAAUUGUUUUAAGUGUGAUAUCACAGAUCUAUGACCCGUCAGGAUGGUUAACUCCUGUAACCUUCUGGUCCAAAUCCUUCAUGCAAUACUUAUGGACACUUGGUCUCGAUUGGGAUGAACCCCUAGACGACAGCGUUAUAUCAGUUUGGAACAAGUUCGCCAAUGAACUUCCAUAUAUUGAAAUGCUCAAGAUACCUCGCUACGUGGGACUUUCUUCAGCUAAAGAUAUUCAGCUACAUGCUUUUUCUGAUGCAAGUGAAGCAGGAUAUUGUAGUUGUGUUUACCUGAGAGUUGUAAAUUCACAAGGAAUUAUAUCGACUUAUCUUCUGAUAGCGAAGUCAAGAGUCGCACCUCUGAAGCGUAUUUCCAUACCUCGCUUGGAGCUCUGCGGAGCACACCUGAUGUCUAAGCUCCUAAAUUACUGUAUACAACUUCUCUCACCUCACUGCAAGAUUAGUUCAUACACAGCUUGGUGCGAUUCCACAAUCGUGCUUUCAUGGAUUGGCAUGCCCUCUUAUCGACUCAAGGUUUAUGUGUCAAAUCGAGUUGCAGAAAUACAGGAAAAUAUCCCACCUUCAUUUUGGCAACAUAUUUCAUCACUAGAAAAUCCAGCGGAUGUUGGGUCAAGGGGUACCGCCCCACAAGAUUUGAUUAACCACACACUUUGGUGGAAUGGACCUGUCUGGUUGUGUAACUCUGAAGAAAAUUGGCCAAAGUCUGUCUGUAAAUCUUUACCUGAAGAGUCUAUCCCUGAAACUAAGAUUCUCACAGUUAACACUCUCUCUGCUGUUCCGGAUGAACCAUUUUCUCUCCUCACUCGCUUCUCAUCUUGGACAACACUACUUCAUGUUUCCGCAUACCUGCUGCGCUUCAUUCAUAACACCAGAAAUAAAGUUAAACAAAUUGGGAAUUUAACUUCUCAGGAGAUAAAAGAGGCUCAUAACCUGAUUUGUAAAUUGGUUCAACGAGAAUAUUUUUCUGAAGAAAUCUCAUGUUUGAAAUCCAAUAAACCUUGCUCUGUACGCAUUAGACGCCUAGCUCCUUAUCUGGAUAAAGAUGGCCUCAUUCGAGUAGGGGGAAGAAUAAACAAGGCUGAUAUCUCUGAAGAUCACAAACACCCCGUCUUGCUACCUAAAGGUCAUAGGUUAGUUGAUAUUUUGAUUGACCACCAUCAUGUCUUAUAUUUGCACUCUGGUCCAACUCUAACUCAGGCUAUGCUGGCAAACAAGUACUGGAUUCUCAGUGCUAGAAGCUUAAUAAGAUCUAGGAUCUUUAAAUGCAUAAAAUGUUUCAGAUGUAAACCUCCUCAUUCUUCUCCACUCAUGGGGGAAUUACCUAUGAAUCGAGUUACACCUUCAAGGCCAUUUUCCAUAUCUGGUGUAGAUUAUGCAGGACACUUCUUUGUGAAGCAACAUCUACUAAGACGAGUUCAACCUAUCAAGGUUUAUAUUUGUAUAUUUAUUUGCUUCUCUACUAAGGCGGUACACAUAGAAGUAGUAACCGACCUAACAGCGGAUGCCUAUUUAGCCGCUCUUACCAGAUUUGUCUCCAGACGAGGAAUCGUUUCAGAUAUUCACUGUGACAAUGCUACAAAUUUCACAGGUGCAUCCGAAAAACUCAGACGCAACUUUGAAAAUUUAAUCAAGGAUUCCACAGUACAAUGCUACGCUGAGAAUUUCAAUAUUAAAUUUCACUUCUUACCUCCACAUGCACCUCAUCAGGGAGGCCUUUGGGAGAGGGCUGUCAAAAGUGUGAAAUUUCACCUAAUAAGAGUCAUUGGACAACAGACCCUGUCACUGGAAGAGUUUUCGACUUUAAUCACCCGUAUUGAAGGAAUGAUGAACUCUAGGCCUAUAACUCCUCUUUCUUCUGAUCCCUCGGACCUAGAAGCUUUGACGCCAGGUCAUUUUUUAGUAGGUGGUCCUCUUAUGACACCUCUUGAACCUGACUUGCGUAGCAUUCCUAUCAACCGAUUAAAACGCUGGCAGGUAGUCCAACAGUUCAGUCAACAUAAUAUGGGUCGCUUCAGUCAACGAGAUAUUAUCUGGGCUCGCUGGCAGAAAGAGUAUCUGUACACUCUUCAAGAGAGAAAUAAAUGGGUCAACCCCAAGAAGAAUAUUGAAGUCAAUGACUUGGUUGUCAUUCAUGAAGACAACUUGCCUCCACUCUCCUGGAAGCUUGGACGAGUUCUCUCCGUUUCACCUGGUACUGAUGGAAUAGUACGGGUCGUGCACCUGAAGACCGCAAGUGGACACCUCUCUCGUCCUGUGACAAAGGUGUCUGUCCUUCCUAUGGAAUAG